CGAUAUCAAAAGGCAAAGAACGCUCAGAAGUGCCUCCAGGACCAACUGUCAUUUUACCUAGAGCUUGUAUCCCUUGCGUCACUGAAAUAUGUCUCCGCCAACGUGUUCCGCUCCGUUCAGAUACUCCAUUCAUCGAAUCCCGACCGAUUCACCUCACACCCCAGAACUGGUCAAGAGAUAUAAGGAUGCGAAAUUGGCUGCGCUCCUAGCUGAGCCUACCGGUUUCGCGGUACAACAUGUAGAUGAAGUUCAUGUAUCUCUCAACGUGUGGACGAAACGACUCGCGCCACCCUCGACAAUCUUCAUCUGCGUAGCUACGCCAGAUGGCGACAACAACUCUGUCGACGAUGAGGAGAAGCUGCUAUCUGGCGAGUGGGUUGGUUUUGUUACAAUCAGAGGUCCCGUUCCGUACGGCGAAUAUUUCCUUCCCGAAUCCGGACAAGCUGUCGUCGAGACACCGGAACUCGAAACGAGGUGGCACAUCUGCAAUCUUUACACUGCUGGAGCACAUCGGGGACGGGGUAUUGGGACCGGUCUCGUGAACGCGUGCAAUGAAUUUGCUCGAAAUUAUUCCGUAGGCGUGCCUGGUACGGCGAUAUCUACUGUAAGACUACGUCUGUUCAUGAACCCCAAGAAGACGGCACUGGUAGCGAUGUACAAGAGGAUGUCGUUUCAGGAGGCUGGGAAGGUCACUCUCAAGGAGGGUUUCAUUGCGAAUGGAGAUGCAGAACUUGUUCCUCAAGAUACUACGAGUACAGCGGAGAACAUCCUUCGGUGUGAGACGAGAUACGGCCUUGCAAUGGAGCGGACGAUCAACUUGAUCAAGGACAAAACGCCGGGGGCUUAUGUGAGCCGGGUGGAAGCCGACGUCCAGACGCUAGAAGACGGCAGAGUUGUAUGAUCUCACACACGUCGAGUACAAUCCACGUCAUGAG